AAGCAGAGGGGUAAUCUCGUCAACUCAUUCCGUUCACGGGCAGAUGCGAAAUUUCCAGGCCUCAACCAGGCCGGCGACGGACGCCUCCUCGUUCCACGCCGCCGCAGCCGUGUGGCUGACUUGACGAACCUUGAGGCUCUCGCUGUCCCCGACCACGGAAAGGGCCUCCGGCUCCGCACGACCACGAAGCCUCUAUCCGCGGGUCCCGGCAUGACGAGGCUCCUGGUCGUCCUGGCCGCCGUGGCGGCCCUUCUCCCGGCCGCCGCCGCGCACGAGCACCACGGCGAGGCGCCCACGUGCUCCAGCGGCGGUGGGCGCGUUCUCGCGGAGUUCCGCCCCGGGGAGGUGACCGUGGACGGCCACAGUGACGACUGGGACAGAGUGGAGGCCUCGGAGUUCGCCCUGCUGCCGGCGCUCGACCCAGACGAAGACAAGGCCUACUCCGGUGGCAAGGUCGCUGUCAAGGCUGUGCAUGAUGGCGUCAACGUCUUCUUCAUGCUGCAGGUUGAUGGGGCUUACGCUUACAGUAAAGGAAAUAGUAGCAAGUGCCCUUCUGUUGCUCUGAUGUUCCAAGUUGGAGAUAAUGCCACAUAUUACAAUAUGGGAGGAUGCAAAGAUCUGCGAGGCUCUUGCACGAGUAAAAGUUGUAGAGGUCAUGAGGUUGACAUUAUGCACUUCGAAAUUGGAAAUGCUAUUCCCGGACGUCUUUAUGGUGGCAAUCACAUAGAUAAUGCUGUUGGAAAUGGAGGCGACAGAUUUGGUCACCUUGUUGAUGUCUAUGCAUGGAAUCCGCAUUGCCGAUACCUUGAUGGAGUCGGCCCUAAAGAGAACAAUUCAAAUGCUCAAAAUGAUUGGCAUGGGGCUUGGUGGCACAGUUCACUGACUGUGCAUUCAGGCUUUGUUGAUGAUGAUAAUCCUUAUGGAAAACAAGAUGAGAAGGGCACAUAUUAUUUUGAGUUCUCAAGAUCCUUAAGAACAAUGGAUCAAUUUCAGCAGGAUGCACAGUUCACAAUAGGCCAGCCCAGCAAUAUGGCCGUAGCCUUCUGGUACCCAACUGACGGCAAAGAAUGGAGCGAUUCUGAGCAUUACUCAGCCAGCUGCAACUGGUUAAUUUUGGAUAUACAGCCUUCGUCCGAAGCUGCAUAUUACAGCCCUGCGCCUAAUCGGUCUUGGGAUGCUGCAACCGCCUUUGCUUUGCUCCUUUCGGUGGUCACGGCCGCGCUCGCCGCCGCGGGGGAGAGCGGCGGCUCCAAUGCGAGGGACUCCGACCCGGCCACCGACGGCGAGGAGGUACCGGAGGUGGACGCGAACGAGGCGGUGGAUUUGGGGGACGGGACCGCGGGCUACAGCAGCAGCGACGAGGAGAGCGAUGAUGGCCUCCACAUCGUACUCAACGAGGACGCUGGCGAGCCGCUGCCGCCUCCUCCUGUGGGUCGAGGUGAGGAGUGCCUGGCUGAAGAGGGGGAGGAUUCGGGCUGCCGUGUGAAGGGUUCACCUGUAAACGAUGGCGGCUGGGCAACGGUUGGUGGGCUCCAGUGCAAGGGACUUCUUGAGAAAAUGACGUUACCUAUCAUGGCGGAAGUUGAUCGAGGUCGCCAGCAUAUGUUUCAACGCGAUUCUAAUUUAUUCUUGACAAGAAACAGCACAAUUUUCGACAUAGACAUUGAAGCAUUUCAACACAAGCCUUGGAGACAACAAGGAGUGGAUCUUCGUGACUACUUCAAUUUUAAUCUGGAUGAAGAAGGCUGGAUAAAAUAUUGGUGCAGCAUGAAUCAAUUAAGGUUAGGGACCAGAUCACAUGCAAAUGAAGCAUCAGGACUGGAUCAAGAAUCGUUGAAACUAAAAUCUGUCAAAGCAAUGUCAAAGGUAGCAAAUUAUUCUGGAUUUGAAGGAAGAAAUGGCCUCGCCAAGCCAAAAGGUAGAGCAAUCCAUGUUGAAGGCAGUGCACACGAACGAGUUCCGACAGCAGACUUGUGGCGUCCAAUACAAAGGGAUUCAGAUGUUGUGAUUCAAGUAAACAUGACACUUUCACCCUCAAAUCAGUCCACUUCAGAUGACAGCUCAAAAUUAAAUCACAAGUGUGUGACUACUGAAAGAAUGUCCAUUGACCAUCCUGGUGCCCGACAUUUGAAGAGUUCCAGCCUUGUGGUGGACAGGGUGGUUGAUAAGGAAGUGCAUGGUGGAGGUUCCUCGGAGUGCAAUGGCAGCAAACUGGAUAGAAGAGAUUCUUCUUGUGAAAGGGGCCAAUCUUCUAGUCCUGAUUAUUCUGAUACGCUUUCUGGAGAAUCAAAAGGAGAUUUCUAUUUCAAGAGAGCCACUAGACAUUCAGAUUCCAGGGUCUUCCUUGAAGGCACCAAACUUCAGGAUGAGCAUGUCAAAUCUGACUUUUCCCGCCAUUCAAGUAAGUCAGACAGAGAAAACACUGAAAGUCGCAGUCAUAGUUAUACCCCUUCACCUACUGAUGAUAGAAAUCAUAAGGCAACUAAACCUUUUUGGAGGGGUGAAGCUCCUUUUGCUGAACGGGGCAAGUCCAGUGAUUCUUUUGUUGUCUGCAAAAGUGAUGACAACCUCCUUAAAUCUGGACAUAAAACAAGAAAAAAACUGAGGCAAAGCGUAGAUGGAGGGAAGUAUGCUACACUUGCUGAAAAAGAAAAAUCAACAGAUAGCUACCCUAGUAGGUAUAAUAAGAGAAAAUCUAGCUCAUCUUUCCUGAGGACCAACUAUCGCAAUGCUGUUCACAAUCAAUGUUAUGAGAAGCAAGGUUAUUCACCUCUGGAAAGAGUAGCCCUGAAACAUGACAAGCAUUACUUUAGCAAUUCUAGUCACCACCAUAGGCGAUCUUCACAUGAAUUCAGUGAAGGAGAAGAUGUUGAGAAGUGCUUCUCUUCAGCCAAGGAGUGGCAGGAACAUCAUGAUCAUGUAUACCAUUCAAUGCUGAAUUCUGAUAUGUCUGACGCCGAUGACGGACAAAUGUACAGAGAAAGGCAUUGUCAGGAAAAGAGAAGAGCCAGGCAUGACCAUAGUGUGGAUGAAUUUCCCCAUUACACUGACUAUGGAUUUUGCGAAUGGCAUGGUCCUGAGGUCAGAGCGAGAUACAGAGACAAAGGAAGAUUUGCUGAAAGCAAUGAUGAGCGUUGCAGACUUGCUAACCAUCUUGAGUUGUAUCCUAGCCUCAAGAAUUCUGGGAGGGACUUGCCUGCUACCGGCUUCCCUUUUAAGAGCUCAAGAAACAGAUGUAUAGAUAACAAAAGAAUCCGCAAUGCUAAGAUGGUACAAUAUCAUUGUGAUGUGUAUCAUCAAAAGAACAAUGGCAGCAUUCCUCAAUCUGCUUUGCGCAGUGAUACUGUUGCUGAAACAGGUCGUUUUAUUCUGCCAGUUAAGAGGAAGCUUCAUGCUGAUCUGGGUUCCAUGAACCAAAAAAAUCUUGCUGAUUUUUCACUUCUGAAAGGAAGAAGAGUGAUGGAUGAUCAAUCCAUGGUCAGUGAUAGGAGGAUUUAUGCUUUGAAGCUGCAUAAGUUUUCAGAGGAAAUUGGUACAAAAGCCAUUUGUAAUUUUGGUGAUAUGAGAAAUAGUAAUACUGUUUCAAACAUUUGUGUUGGGAGAAGGCAUGAGCUGGAGAAUUCUGAUAACUUCAGAUUGAAUGAUAGGAAAAUAAAGUUUGAGAGGCGAGGCAAUGAGUUAAGGCGUGUGAUUGAAGAUGACCGAAAGGGACAUCUUCCUGCGGGCAAGUAUUUGUGCAGUUCCAAACAGAAGCAUGUACAUCAGAACGCACGGAAACAGGAUAUGGGCUACCACCACUUGGGCAAUCAGUAUUCAAAGAAAUCAGCGCACCAAAAUCAGCAAAAUGAAGAAGAUGGGGAGAUUGAGGAGGGAGAACUGAUCGAACAGGACCAGCAUGAUAUCAUUUCUAAAAGCAAGAUUAAACCAAGAGAAGUUCUGAAAUCAGUUAUUGAAACAAGUUCAGCAGAGCAGUUACAGUUGAAUGAUGCAAUGGCGAAAGAUGCUGCCCGCAUCAACGGAGUUACAAGAGAAUGUGACAAACACAUACUUGAGGUAAUGGAAAAGAUGCAAAAAAGAAGGGAAAGGUUCAAAGAGGCUAUUGCUCCAAAAAAAGAGGAUGGUGGCAUGAAAGAGCUAUCAGCUGUAGCAUGUAAUACAGAUCAUAUCCAGAAUCAGCGACCUGCAAGGAAACGGCGGUGGGGUGGUAACAGUUAGAUACUGGAAAUGUCUUGAGAGCUUGACUAUGAUGGUUUCUUCAUCAAGAUGUUCCUGCCUAUGGUGCUCAAAUUCUUAUACAGAUACUUUUGUUUAUUUUGAUGGUCGGGGUUGAGAAACAAAAUAUAAGAAGAAUUCACUUGAGGUUAUUUUAUAGUAUAGUAUCCUACAUAGUUUCAGAGCAAUAGAUUACAAGGCAAUCAGACUUCAAAAUGAAAUGUGUUUGUACUGGGGCGUUUUCACCACUCUGGAUGAUUUACUAUCCCCUGGGAUUUUUAACUUCACUUUUAUACAUGCAGGCAAAUAAUUUCGUGUUUUCGGAUGCAGGCAACUGUGUAUGGUUUUGCUGUAUUGUAUAAGCCGUAGAGAACAUCAUCCCUUUGUGCUCUGAGUACCGUCAACUCCCGAUGUCAUGGUUCUGCAGCAAUUAUGUAUUUUUUUUCUUCUCA